CCCCCCCUCCCUCGGGGCCCCCCCGCCCCCCUCGGGAAAAAAAACCACCCCAAAUCACUCGAACCCGAGGGAGGCUUCCUUUCACCCUCGGGGAGACGAGCUUCCAACGGUUGCCUCUGCUUCGUCUCCCCCCAAGCCCCCGUCCCCUCCCCUGUUCCCACCCCCUCUCCCGGCGCCGGGUGCAAGGUCCCUUUAAGGCGACGGCGCCUUCCUCGGGUCAGACUACCGGCGGCGACGACCACGGGAGGGAUUUUCUCAGACUGAUGGAGAAACUGAUAAACAACAACGAAUUUUCAAUGCACCGGUGCUCUGCGCCUGGGAGCUUGGACUCUCCAGUUGGAGAGCAGAACUACUUCUGGUUCUUAACUUCGGAAUGAUUCUUAACUUCAGAGUGUGCAAAGAGACUUUGGAGAUUGUUAAGCAUGCAGUUUUGGGACCUCAUACCCCAAACUGCUGAUUAAGCAUGGCGGACACCGACCUGUUUAUGGAAUGUGAGGAGGAGGAGCUGGAGCCAUGGCAGAAAAUCAGUGAUGUCAUUGAGGACUCCGUAGUUGAAGAUUAUAAUUCAGUGGAUAAAACUACCACAGUUUCUGUGAGCCAGCAGCAGGUCUCGGCUCCAGUGCCCAUCGCUGCCCAUGCUUCUGUUGCUGGGCACCUCUCUACAUCCACCACCGUUAGUAGCAGCGGGGCACAGAACAGCGACAGUACAAAGAAGACUCUUGUCACACUAAUUGCCAACAACAAUGCUGGCAAUCCUUUGGUCCAGCAAGGAGGACAACCACUCAUUCUGACCCAGAAUCCAGCACCAGGUCUGGGCACAAUGGUUACGCAACCAGUUUUGAGGCCUGUCCAGGUCAUGCAGAAUGCCAAUCAUGUGACUAGUUCCCCUGUGGCCUCACAGCCAAUAUUCAUCACUACACAGGGGUUUCCUGUAAGGAAUGUUCGGCCUGUACAAAAUGCAAUGAAUCAGGUUGGGAUUGUGCUGAACGUACAGCAAGGGCAAACAGUUAGACCAAUUACACUAGUCCCAGCCCCAGGUACCCAGUUUGUUAAGCCAACAGUUGGAGUCCCACAAGUGUUCUCUCAGAUGACCCCAGUGAGGCCAGGCUCUACAAUGCCUGUGAGGCCCACCACCAACACCUUCACCACUGUCAUCCCAGCUACUCUGACCAUUCGAAGCACCGUCCCACAGUCCCAGUCGCAGCAGACCAAGUCCACUCCCAGCACUUCUACCACUCCCACUGCCACGCAGCCGACCUCAUUGGGGCAACUAGCUGUUCAGCCUCCAGGCCAGUCCAACCAGACCUCAAAUCCCAAGUUAGCUCCCUCUUUCCCCUCUCCACCUGCAGUGAGCAUUGCCAGCUUUGUCACUGUGAAGCGACCUGGAGUUACAGGUGAAAAUAACAAUGAAGUGGCCAAAUUGGUGAACACCCUUAACACCAUCCCUUCCCUGGGCCAGAGUCCUGGGCCAAUGGUGGUAUCCAACAACAGUUCUACCCAUAGUGCUCAAAGAAGCAGUGGACCGGAAUCUUCAUUGAAAGUGACCUCUUCCAUCCCAGUGUUUGAUCUCCAGGAUGGUGGACGGAAAAUAUGUCCACGGUGUAAUGCUCAGUUCCGUGUUACUGAAGCUUUGAGAGGGCACAUGUGUUACUGCUGCCCAGAAAUGGUUGAAUACCAGAAGAAAGGCAAGUCCCUGGAUUCAGAACCUGGUGUCCCAUCAGCAGCAAAGCCCCCAUCCCCUGAGAAAACAGCUCCUGUUACUUCCACACCCUCUUCUACACCUAUGCCUGCUCUGUCACCACCUACCAAAGUACCAGAGCCAAAUGAGAAUGUGGGUGAUGCAGUCCAAACCAAGCUCAUUAUGCUGGUAGAUGAUUUCUACUAUGGACGGGAUGGUGGCAAAGCAUCCCAACUCACAAACUUUCCUAAGGUCGCCACAUCUUUCCGAUGCCCACAUUGUACCAAAAGAUUAAAAAAUAACAUCCGGUUCAUGAACCACAUGAAACACCAUGUAGAACUUGAUCAGCAGAAUGGUGAGGUAGAUGGUCAUACUAUCUGCCAACACUGUUACCGCCAGUUUUCCACUCCCUUCCAGCUCCAGUGCCACUUGGAAAAUGUUCAUAGUCCCUAUGAAUCUACUACCAAGUGCAAAAUCUGUGAGUGGGCAUUUGAAAGUGAGCCACUAUUUCUCCAGCAUAUGAAGGACACUCAUAAGCCUGGAGAGAUGCCUUAUGUUUGUCAGGUGUGUCAGUAUCGCUCCUCACUCUACUCUGAGGUAGAUGCCCAUUUUCGGAUGAUCCACGAGGAUACUCGGCAUCUGCUGUGUCCUUACUGCCUGAAGGUCUUCAAAAAUGGCAAUGCAUUCCAGCAGCACUACAUGAGGCACCAGAAGAGAAAUGUUUACCACUGCAAUAAAUGCCGUCUGCAGUUUCUCUUUGCCAAGGAUAAAAUCGAACACAAGCUUCAGCACCAUAAAACCUUUCGUAAACCCAAGCAGCUAGAGGGCUUGAAACCAGGCACCAAGGUGACAAUCCGGGCUUCCCGAGGGCAGCCACGAACUGUUCCUAUAUCCUCCAACGAUACACUUCCCAGCGCCUUGCAGGAGGCAACACCAUUGACCUCCACAGACCCUCUGCCUGUCUUCGUUUAUCCCCCUAUCCAACGCAACAUCCAGAAGAGAGCUGUUAGGAAAAUGAGUGUCAUGGGCCGGCAAACAUGUUUGGAGUGCAGCUUUGAGAUCCCGGAUUUCCCAAAUCACUUCCCUACUUACGUACACUGCUCUCUGUGUCGCUAUAGCACCUGUUGCUCUCGAGCUUAUGCCAACCACAUGAUCAACAAUCAUGUUCCACGGAAGAGCCCCAAGUAUUUGGCACUAUUUAAAAAUUCUGUGAGUGGAAUCAAGCUGGCCUGUACUUCCUGUACCUUUGUUACCUCUGUGGGCGAUGCCAUGGCCAAGCAUUUGGUAUUCAACCCCGCUCACAGAUCUAGCAGCAUCCUGCCUCGGGGGCUCAUUUGGAUGUCUCAUCCAAGGCAUGGACAGGCCCGUGACCGAGGGCAUGACAGGAACCUGAAGAACAUGUGUCCCCCUUCCUCCUUUACACCCAGCAAAGCUGCCACUGUGAAACCUGUGGGUGCCACCCCAGCUGAGCCUGAAGAGCUGCCCGCCUCCGUGGCUCAGGCACUCCCGUCACCAGCCUCGACAGCAACCCCUCCACCAACCCCUACUCACCCACAGCCAUUAGCGCUUCCAGCCUUGGCCACAGAGGUGGCUGAAUGUCUGAAUGUUGAAGACCAGGAUGAAGGGAGCCCAGUCACCCAGGAACCUGAGCCAGCAUCAGGUGGUGGUAGCAGUGGGAUUGGCAAGAAGGAGCAGCUGUCUGUGAAGAAGCUGCGAGUAGUACUGUUUGCCCUGUGCUGCAACACAGAACAAGCAGCCGAACACUUUCGAAACCCCCAGCGACGCAUCCGGCGUUGGCUUCGUCGUUUCCAGGCCUCCCAGGGGGAGAAUCUAGAGGGCAAAUAUCUUAGCUUUGAGGCAGAAGAGAAACUGGCUGAGUGGGUGCUGACCCAGCGAGAGCAACAGCUGCCUGUAAAUGAGGAGACCUUGUUCCAGAAGGCCACCAAAAUAGGACGUUCUUUGGAAGGGGGGUUUAAGAUCUCCUACGAGUGGGCUGUGCGGUUCAUGUUGCGGCACCACCUGACUCCCCACGCCCGACGAGCUGUGGCCCACACUUUGCCAAAGGACGUGGCAGAGAAUGCAGGACUCUUCAUUGAAUUUGUGCAGCGGCAAAUUCACAAUCAGGACUUACCUUUGUCUAUGAUUGUAGCCAUUGAUGAAGUCUCCUUAUUCCUGGAUACAGAGGUACUGAGCAGUGAUGAUCGAAAGGAGAAUGCCCUGCAGACAGUGGGCACUGGGGAACCUUGGUGUGACGUAGUGCUGGCCAUUCUGGCAGAUGGCACCAUCCUCCCCACGUUGGUUUUCUGCCGAGGACAAAUAAAUCAGCCUGCUAAUGUGCCAGACUCUAUAUUACUAGAGGCAAAGGAGAACGGCUACAGCGACGAUGAAAUCAUGGAGCUAUGGUCCGCCCGGGUGUGGCAGAAGCACACCGCCUGCCAGCACAGCAAAGGUAUGCUCGUGAUGGACUGUCACCGCACUCACUUGUCAGAAGAGGUACUGGCCAUGCUUAGUGCCUCUAGCACUUUGCCUGCAGUGGUGCCAGCAGGCUGUAGCUCUAAAAUCCAGCCAUUAGAUGUGUGUAUUAAACGAACUGUCAAGAACUUCCUACACAAAAAAUGGAAGGAGCAGGCUCGGGAGAUGGCAGACACUGCAUGUGAUUCUGACGUUCUGCUUCAGCUGGUGCUGGUCUGGCUGAGUGAGGUGCUGAGCGUCAUUAGGGACUGUCCGGAGCUAGUUCAGCGGUCCUUUCUUGUGGCUAGUGUUCUGCCAGGCCCUGAUGGCAACAUUAACUCACCCACACGCAAUGCUGAUAUGCAGGAGGAGCUCAUUGUGUCCCUGGAGGAGCAGCUGAAGCUGAGUGGGGAACAGUCUGAGGAGCCCUCAGCUUCCACUCCCCGACCCAGAUCAUCUCCUGAAGAGACAGUGGAGCCAGAAAGCCUUCACCAGCUCUUUGAGGGGGAGAGUGAGACGGAGUCUUUCUACGGCUUUGAAGAAGCUGACCUAGAUCUGAUGGAGAUAUGAGUGUUGGAAUCAUGAAGAAUGUGUGAAGUUGGGGGGAAGUUGAGGGAGGGUAGAGGGAAUUAGGGAAGGGGGUAUACCAGGUGGGGUACUUGAGUUAUAUUUUUAAUUUUAUGCCACCACUCCCCCGACAUUGACUUAAAUUUCCCUGUGAAUUUGUGAAUUAUUAGGAAAAUCAAUAGUGAACACGUCUGAGCCGAGAUCUGGCCCAUUGGUCAUUCACUUCUGCUAAAACAGGUUUUUUUGUGACUUUUUAAAAAAAAUCUAAAUCACUGUGUUUGGUAUUUUUCUGAAAAAAUUAAGAAAAAGAAAAAAAAUCCUUUGUGGGCAAAUGUUAAAUUUUGUUUCCCCCUUUACCUCAAUUGUAUCAUAGUACUGAGUUUUUGUUUUUACUGUGUGGCCAAUGUCUUUGGGCAUGAUGCUAUCUAAUAAUUAUUGUCAAUGUGAGAACAUUUCUGAAGAUGGGAAAGACAAAAAUAUGUAGCUCACAAACUGGCUUAUUAUAUAUAUGGAUACUUUUUUUCAUUGUGGUCUUAACACUUUUAUAUAAAAAUGAAAAUGGAAAAAAACCCCACUGAACGCUCUCUUCCUUCUCCUCUUUCCUUCACUUUCCAGAGAGGUUGGUCUCUACAGCAACUCUAGAUACAAAAUUGUGGCUUUAAAAAUGCAUGAAACCACCUUUAAUCGUCCAGAAUGAUGAAUAGAUUUGUCUUUUCCUCACUACCUUCCCUCCAACAAAAACAUGACAAAAACAUUAUUUUUUACUUGCUAUCCUUGACCCUUUCUCCCAUUCCAACACCAUCACUCUGGACAAAGGAUCAUACAUGUGUCAUUAAGCAAGCAAGAGGUACCAAGGCGAUUAAACAGACGUUAGGGUGGAAACCAUACCCCUCUUGCGUCUUCAUUGUGUGAGCCCCGUGGGGCAGGCCCUGCUUCUGUGAACUUCAUCCUGUUAAGUGGACAGACAGCAUGCCUGUUCGAGAGAUCCCAGGCCCUACAGCCAAGAGCUUGUGCAAAUGCUGAAUGUUGAACUUAAAAGCAAUGACAGAUCACUUGUUGAAAUCCUGCUUACCCUAUGACUUUCCUCUAUUUCUCUUAAUGCUUAGAGAAGAACCUGACACAAAGAAGAAACAUGGGGGGAUGUGCACAAAGCAGAAAGACAUUUUUCACUGCCAGCUUCAAGGAAAGAAAUUUUUUUCUACAAUUCGCAUGAGGGAAUUUUUUUUUUAAAAAAACUAUGUGCUUAUGGUUACCAAAAUGUACUGUACAGAGAAAAGGAGCAAAAAACCAAGUCCACCUUUCCCACAGCCAUCUGUCCAUUCUGAGGCUUCAGCAAUGUUUCCACCUCCUGUGAGCUGAGGAGGCCACCUGCACAAACUUGUAAAUGGUUAAUCUUUAAGAUGUACAUAAGUGGAGCAUUUCAUAACAUGAGGGAAAUGCGUUUAUAAAAAUUUUUUUUUCUAGGUAACCCUGUUUUAAUAGGCCUUCACAAAUGGGGAGUUGCUCAAGAUGUGAUGGGCCUAGUGGUACAGGUGACAUUUGUUGCCACCCACUUGCUCCCAGCCCUAUUUUUUGUUGUUUUUAAAACCCCAGCACACUAUAAUAUAGUGAACUGGAGCAGUCCUUCCCAGAACAGUGUGGUCAGCUUUUGGUGAACCUGCAGCAUCUGGAAACAAAUAAGGAUUCAUCUGGACGUCUCUUUCCCAACUUUUUGCCUGAUGCUAUUUUAUUGCCAGACUGAACUUUCAUUCCUCUGCCUUUGAGAAAGUUUAAGAACUAAGGUCACUUCUAUCUACAGCCUACUCUUUGGUAGUCUCCACAGCAACCACAGUCGUAGCAAGCAGAGUUGGGUUGCUGUGCUCUGCACACUGACUUUCUGGAUGGGUUAAGUUUUUAAAGAUCAUAAUACCAACAGUGAUCAGCUGGGUUUGGGCCAGGAAGUUGUCUUUGUGGACUCUGCCUGCAUGGCUUAGUAGUAGAAGGAAGUUUUUCGGUUUUGUUUUUUAUAAUUCAGUUUAAUCAAUAAACGUAUUUAUUGACUA